UCCGCUUGUGGCCGGCCGGCCCGGGAGGUAGCGGUUCCUCACAGCCGGGAUGCAGCGAACCCUAGGCAAAGCCCUGACCGCCCCCCAGCCCCAGGAGCGCCCCCCGCCCCCCGCCGGCGGCUGUAAGGCCUCCACCGAGGCGCGGGUGCUGGUCAUCAACACGGGCGGCACCAUCGGCAUGGUGCAGGACAUCAAGGGACUUGCUCCAGAGGCCAAUAAGUUAGUGAGCAGCUUGAAGACCAUGCCAAUGCUGCAUGACGAAGAAUAUGCCCAGGAAGCAAAAUUAGACAACUUCCACGAAUUUCCUGAAAACACAUUGGUGCUCCCUGUCUCUAAGCAAAACAAAAGAAUUUUCUACACAAUUCUGGAGCUGUCACCACUACUUGAUUCUUCGAACAUGACACCAGAAGACUGGGCCAAAAUUGCAAAGAAACUUGAGGAGCACUAUGAAAAGUAUGAUGGUUUUGUGAUCCUUCAUGGCACCGAUACGAUGGCAUAUACAGCUUCAGCCUUAUCCUUCAUGUGUGAGAAUCUGGGUAAAACCGUUGUUCUGACAGGAUCACAGGUGCCCAUAUAUGAGUUGCAGAAUGACGGCCGAGCCAACCUUCUGGGGGCGCUGCUCUUCGCUGGGCAGUUUGUGAUUCCUGAGGUGUGCCUGUAUUUUUAUAAUAAACUGUACAGGGGAAAUAGGGUGACUAAGGUGGAUGCUGGGAGUUUCAAUGCCUUUUCCUCACCUAACCUGCCUCCACUUGCAAAUGCUGAGGUUGAUAUUACAAUAAACUGGGAAACGGUGUGGAGAGCCAAUACCAAAAAGAAAUUUCGAGUUCACACCAAUAUGAACAGGAACGUUGGGCUUCUGCGAAUCUUCCCAGGAAUCACUGCUGCUGCUGUAAAAGCAUUUCUUCAGCCUCCAAUUGAGGGCAUUGUACUUGAAACAUAUGGAACUGGCAAUGCCCCAAAUAACAGAGAAGACUUGCUAGAGGAACUCAAGAAAGCAACCGGACGAAAAGUAGUGAUUCUAAACUGCACCCAGUGCUUACGAGGGUCUGUUACAACAGUCUACGCAACAGGGCAGACUCUCGCUGAUGUUGGAGUAAUUCCUGGAGGUGAUAUGACACCAGAGGCUGCCUUAACUAAACUGUCAUACACGCUUAGCAAGCAUAAGCUUAGCUGGGAGGAGAAGAGGCAGAUGCUGAGUGAGAAUCUAAGAGGAGAAAUGACUGUUGUACCCACAGGAACCAAGAUCUCUCUGAGAGAUAGCAAGUUUAUUCAAGCGAUUGCCAGAUCUCUAAGUAUGAGCUGCAAGGAGGAGUUAGAAGCUGUAAGAGAUGCAUUAAUUCCACUUCUGGCUUGUGCUGCAGCGAAACUGGGUGACAUAGAUGCAAUAAGAGCCAUAGCAGAAAUGGGUGGAAACUUGAGUUGUGAAGACUACGAUGGUCGAACUCCACUUCAUAUUGCAGCCUCUGAAGGUCAUUUGCCAUUAGUUGAGUAUUUGUUGACAUCUGGUGCAACUGUUUAUGCUAGAGACAGAUAUGGAUCUACGCCACUGAUGAAUGCAAUCAAGUUCAGGCACAUACAAGUGAUCAGUUUAUUACGAGAAACGGGAGCACACCUUUCAAAACAUGACUUGGAGAAUACUGGAGCAACACUCUGCAGUCUUGCAGCUAAAGGUGACGUGGAUGGGCUGCAUGCCUGGUACCUAGCUGGUGCAGACCUGAAGCAAACUGGCUAUGAUGGCAAAAAUCCCCAACAAGUAGCAGAGGAUACAGGGCGUAAUGAGGUUCUUGAGUUCUUCAGACGGCUUCCGUAAAAGAAGGCUGCAGAAGAUGGUCACUCCUCUUCAGAAAUACCAGCUUUGAACCAGAAAUGGUGUUAAGCAGUUACAGGGAGAAAAAAAAAUGGAAAGAAACAUUGCUAGUGGCACACGGAGCUUACAGGGCUUAGAAAUACUAUUUUUUUAGGAACAUGUUACGUUCUGAUUUUAUAAAAAUGAUUUUCUGCUUUAUGUUUUUAUUUUUUUAAGAAAAAUAUAACCAAUUGAGGCUGGAAUGUAUUGUCUUUACUGUGCAACUUCUGUUUUUAGACCUCAUGAAUCUUCUUCACAUCUUUGCAUCAUUGUUAAAUCACUGUGGACAGUUAAAUCUUACAUUGAAUCACUGUGGACAGUAUUGCAGGCAUAGCAAAAGGAUAUGAUGUGCUGAAUUCCUACCAAUAGAAAACAGUGCAUUGUAGGUUUCUGUGUUUCAACUAAUAAAAAUCUCUGAGGAACAA